GUGUACCGUGUAGAAGAAACAUAAAUACUUUGAAUACUUUCCCAUCAACCUUUAAUUUUUCUCUAUCUUUUAAUGGAGCACCAGCACAGCAGCCUCACCACAGCUUACAUUCGCUACCCUUUUAAAUUUCACCACAACAUUUUCAAAAAUACGACAAGCCAAACCAAGCAAACCAUGGAUAACAUUAGUGAAACCGUUUCUUUAAUUCACCAUGGUUGCAACUUGGCUAGAGACCUGGAAUCAAACCUUCCCAACUUGGCAAGCCGACCCGAAACCUUUUCGAAAUCCUUGGACGAGAUAAUGAGGGUUUUCGGUGCAGCAAGGGAGAGGCUGCAGAGUAGUAGUGCUGCACAACAUGAUCCAAUGAGUUCAUACGUUCAUGUAGCGCAGCAGCAGCAGCAGAUCGAUGCGAGCUUACUGGAAUGGCUGAGGUGUAAUUACACACAGGCAACGGAUGAUCAUCACAUCCAAACGCAGCGUUUUGCAUCCGAAAAGAGUAGUGCUGCUACUCAAUCCGAUAUGAGGGAUUCAGGAGCUGACGUACUUCAAGGCCAAAUCCAUCAGGCAAUGGAUCAUAUUGUAACAGUCGUUUCUCAUGAACUGAAUGCUGCUUCGUCCUCACAAAGCAGACCACGAAGAAGGAGGGACCAUGGGGAAAUUCGUAAAUUGACCGUGCCGGCACCUCGGAUCGGGAAUACUGAAAUCCCACCGGAGGAUGGCUUCACUUGGCGAAAAUACGGCCAGAAGGAAAUCAUGGGCUGCAGGUUCCCAAGGGGCUACUAUAGGUGUACCCACCAAAAGUUAUACAAUUGCCCAGCCAAGAAGCAAGUUCAGAGGCUUGACAAUGAUCCCUUAACAUUUGAAGUAAUGUACAGAGGUGACCAUACAUGUCAUAUGUCGUCCACUGCACCCUCAAGUCUACCACCAUCUGAUCAAAUUAAGCAAGAGACUACGACCCAAACUCAUGCGGCAACCACUCAACCCUUAGGAACAUGGCUCUCCAUGGACUUCAACGCGAAAGGCGGAGGAAGCAGCAGUGGUGGUGGCCGCGGUGAUGGUGAUGGUGAUUGUGUAGGUACAUCAAUCACGACGACCACUCGUUAUGGUAAAGACGUUGAGUUUCCGGUGGUGGAUUUGGCUGAUGCAAUGUUUAAUUCAGGGAGUAGCAGCAGUAAUAGUAUGGAUUUUAUGUUCACUUCAUCUAUGGACAGUAAAUGGGAGUCCGGGGACAAGAAAAAUUGAUUGCAUACAUGGGGAUGACAGGUGAAUUAUAUAGAAGUUCCGAAGUUCCUUAAGGUGUUAAUUACACCAAUUAAUUGAUCUAAAUUAGUGAUCCUAAACUUCUAGAGGAAAGGUUAGCUAAAGCUUGGUAGGUAUUUGUAAUCAAUCUGAUAUUUCCUUUACUUGAGAAUUUGUCAUUAGGACAAUUAAUCUUAAUUUCAUUGUACACCAAAAAUUGGUUCUUUUGUAUUAUAUACAGUUUUCAAUGCAUACAACCUUUACCUUUCGGGUCUGGAA